UAUCGCAAUAUGCGCGCACGUAUUCUUAAAGUAUAAAAGGAGACGUUGUUCCCAUCAAAAUCAUUCACUGCCAGUGAGAACAAUCAUGCUUAAGUUCGCAGUUGUGGUUUGCUUUGCCGCUUGUGUGGCUGCCGAUGCUGAGCCUGCGGCUGAUGCCGCAUAUCUGUAUGGAGCCUAUGGAUAUGGAGCCCUCCCCUAUGCCCACAGUGCUUAUGCUUAUGCCCCUUACGCUGCACAUGGAUAUCAUGCUGGAGCCUAUUCUGCUUACCCCAGGUACUACGCUAACUCCGGUGGUGCUGUCCACAUUGUGAAGAGGUCUGCUGAUGCUGAGCCCACUGCAGAGGCUGAGCCCACUGCCGCUGCUGAGCCCACCGCUGAUGCUGAUGCCUACUAUGGUGGAUAUGGAUACGGAUAUGCUUCUCCUUAUGCCUAUGGAUCCUAUGCCGCCCAUCCUUACGGAUACGCCAGAGGAUACUACGGAUACAGCGCCUAUGCUCACCCCUACGCCUACGGACACCACUACGGCAAGAGGUCCGCUGAUGCUGAGCCCACUGCUGAUGCUGAUGCUGAUGCUUACUAUGGCGGAUACGGAUACGGACAUGGAUAUGGAUAUCCCAGUGCUUACGGAUACGGAUACGCUGCCCACCACGGAUACGGAUACGGAUAUCCCCGUGCUUACGGAUACCUCGGAUAAUCUGUUUUAACUGCCCUGUUUAUACAUUCAGUUAUUUAUAGAAAAGCAAAAGCACAAUGAUACAAUCUCGCUGGCAUGAGUUCAGUGCCCAUAGUUUAUUCUAUGGUGUAGGAAUUUUGAAUCAUUGAAUAAAUUUGAUUUACUUUUACAUCA